UUUAUCCUGCCCUGUUCAUUCACCAUGGCCACAGACCACCACAAUCCUGCCUCCAAGCAGCAGCAGCCAGGGACCAGCGCUUUCAAGUUGGUUAUCUAUGAACAGGAAAACUUCCAGGGCCGCUGCCAUGAGCUGACUGGUCCCUGCAACAACCUCCAGGAAGCAGGCGUGGAGAAAGUGGGCUCCAUACUGGUGCUGUGCGGACCAUGGGUGGGAUAUGAGCAGGCUAGCUGCAAGGGGGAGCAGUUUGUGUUUGAGAAGGGGGAGUAUCCUCGCUGGGACUCCUGGACCAACAGCAGGCGCAGUGAAACCCUCUUCGCAUUCCGCCCCAUUAAAGUGGAUGGCCAGGAGCACAAGAUUGUCCUUUUUGAAAACCCCAGCUUUGCCGGAAAGAAGAUCGAGAUCAUAGACGACGAUGUUCCCAGCUUCCAUGGCCACGGCUACCAGGAGAAGGUGUCCUCUGUCAGAGUCCAGAGCGGGACCUGGGUGGGCUACCAGUACCCCGGCUACAGGGGCUUCCAGUACCUGUUUGAGAAGGGCGAGUACAAGGAGUGUGCCGAGUUCGGCGCCCAGCUGCCCCAGAUCCAGUCCGUGCGCCGCAUCAGAGACAUGCAGUGGCACCUGAGGGGCGCCUUCAACCCCGCCCCCUGAGCGGCCGCCGCAGCCGGCUCUCCAUCAACCCUGACCUCUGCAUCCAUCUUGUUCUCUCUUCCAAAUACUUUUACUCAUUUACCCUUUUGAGUAAAAAAAAAAUGCAUUUUGUUCUCUAUUGCCGUGGUUGCAGUAGUGGCACCAUUUAAUUUAAAUUGAAUAAAUCUGAUGCUUUACUUUGA